CCAUCAGUGUUAGCUUGAGGUGAGGUGACUGAGUGUUCAAUCGAUGUCGGCAUCUAGGGGAAGGAAGACGGCGUGCGUCACUGGUGGCAGCGGGUACAUCGCUUCGGCGCUCGUCAAGAUGCUGCUGGAGAAGGGGUACGCCGUCAAGACUACAGUCAGAGACCCCGAUGACAUGGAGAAGAACUCGCACCUCAAGGUCUUGCAAGCGCUUGGCCCCUUGGAGAUCAUCUGUGCCGAGCUAGACAUCGAAGGCAGCUUCGAUGAGGCAGUUUCCGGCUGCGACUACGCCUUCCUCGUCGCCGCUCCGAUGAACCUUCGGUCGCCGGAUCCUGAGAGGGACCUGAUCGAAGCCGCCGUCGAUGGAACUCUGAACGUGCUAAGGUCGUGCGCGAGAGCGGGGACGGUGAAGCGGGUGAUCCUGACGUCGUCGGACGCCGGGGUGUCCAGGAGGCCAUUGCACGGCGGUGGGCACGUGCUGGACGAGAGCUCCUGGUCGGACGUCGAGUACCUCAGAGCAAACAAGCCACCAACUUGGGCGUACGCGGUGUCCAAGGUGUUGUUGGAGAAGGCGGCGAUCAAGUUCGCGGAGGAGCACGGCAUCAGCCUCGUCACGGUUCUGCCCGUCUUCACCUUGGGCGCGGCGCCGGUCUCAAAGUCCAGGACCAGCGUCCCCGUCACCCUCUCCCUCUUGUCCGGCGACGAGGCGCAGCUGGAGAUCCUGAAAGGCCUGCAGUCGGUCACCGACUCAGUGUCGAUAAGCCACGUCGAUGACCUCUGCCGCGCCGAGGUAUUCCUCGCCGAGAACGAGCCAUCGUCGGGGAGGUACAUCUGCUGCAGCCACAACACCACCGUCCUGCAGCUCGCCCGUCUCCUGGCGGAGAAGUACCCACAAUACAAUGUGAAGCCCGAACGAUUUAUUGGGUUACUAGAGGAACCAAGGGUGUGCCUGUCUUCUGAGAAGCUGGUACGAGAAGGGUUUGUGUUCAGGUACCAUGACUUGGGUAAGAUCUUCGACGACGUCGUCGAAUACGGCAGGGCCACCGGGAUUCUGCCCUACUGAUAUGGUUAUUACUUAUUACAUGCCGAUCGAUAUGUGAUCAGUAAAAAAACAUGGUACUUUCAAAUACGGAAAGUGGUUUCACUGUUUGGGUGCGUGAAUUUGUAACUUCUUUUCAACCUCCUUGAGAGGCGUUGCAUGAUGCAAUAUCUCUACUUUGAUUGGAGUUCAUUGCGUGGCAAGCGGGAUGUUUG